AUGGAGGCACUGUCACCCCGCUCGACUAACAUUCUUCCGAAGCCCAAGGUUGAUCCUAUGAAGAAGACGAGCGUCAAAGAUGCACCACCGCAAAAGGCACGUCCUUCUAAACACCAUGCCCCUCCCCCGCCUCCAAUAAUUCGCGAGCCAGAAGAUGGAGGAGAAGAAUACAUCACCGGCAAAUUUCUCGGGAAGGGAGGAUUUGCGGUAUGCUACGAAGGGAAGCUUGCGAGGAAUGAGAGGGUGUAUGCGAUGAAGGUGGUAAAAUCAGAAAUGAAUCAGAAGAAAAUGGAAGAGAAAUUUCGAACGGAGCUGCAAAUCCAUUCAAAGAUGCGACAUCCCAAUAUUGUUGGGUUUUACCGCGCAUUUGCCUUCGAGCAAAACACAUAUGUGGUCUUGGAGUUGUGCCCCAACGGCUCUGUUAUGGAUAUGGUGAGGAAAAGGAAAUAUCUGAGCUUGCCCGAAGUUAGGAGAUUUAUGGUCCAGCUGUGUGGUGCUGUAAAGUAUAUGCAUAAGAGAAAUGUCGCUCACCGAGAUCUGAAAAUGGGAAAUUUGUUUCUCGAUCAUGAUAUGAACAUCAAAGUCGGGGACUUUGGCCUAGCCGCUAUCAUUCUUUCAGAGAAGGACGAAAAGCGACGGAGGACGCUCUGUGGGACCCCGAACUAUAUCGCGCCAGAGGUUCUGGACAGAAGCAAAGGAGGCCAUAAUCAGAAAGUUGAUAUAUGGUCUCUGGGUAUAAUCUGUUUUGCUAUGCUCACCGGCUACCCCCCCUUUCAAUCAAAAACGCAAGAGGAAAUCUACCAGAAAGUCAAAAACCUUACAUACGUGUGGCCUAAGGAGUCUGACGGAGCGAACUACAUACCAGUAGAAGCAAAGCACUUGGUUAGUUCGUGCCUUAAUUUGAACGAGGAUGAACGACCAGAGCCAGACCAGAUUGUUGAUCACGCAUUUUUCAAUAUGUAUAACGGUUGCAUACCCGGUCAACUGGAUCCAGCGACCUGUCUCUCUACGCCUACCUGGUUAAAAGCCCAAGAUCCUCGAGGAGAUCGUAUGAGUCACGGAUAUAGCCUCGAUCAUGAUGCAAAAUACCUUACGAAGAUAACUCAUACAAGAAAUGCCGAUGAGAGAUAUCUCUUGUGCAAAAAUGAGUUUUACGCAGAAUGUGGAGUGGGCAAGACAUCCUCUGGAUUAACAAGACGAUCUGUAGGGAAACGAUGUUCAAAGUCCGCCUUUGCCGAAUGCGCUGCUGAAGAAGAGAAAGGGAUGCAACCAAUUGUUCCAAUGCCUGCAGAUAGAGUCUACUGCUACUAUACCGGAUCAAAUGGAGAUUGGAGUCGUGAAGAGGAAGACAGCGCUGCGAAGCUUGAUCCAGCCAGCCCUAUAGAUGACGAGCCGCUUCCAAGAACACGUAGUUCAUCCUUAAAACAACAAGCUGCAACUGCUGCUCGUACCAACUCAGCGUUGGCCGCCCAGAUUCACCGAAAAGAAACUCAACCCCAGAGUCACGCUGCUCUCUUACGGCAACAGGCUGCGCCACAGCGACAGUCAACAAGGAACCCUUCUUUUGCUACUCGGAACCCUGAUGUAGAUAUCAGAGAACCCUUAGAAAACAACGUCUUAACAGAGAGCAAUCCACCUCAGCGGCCGCUGAGCGAGAGACCAAUCCGGGCACGACGGGUAGCAUCAGGCUAUUCUGCGUCUGUCCGGGAAAGGGGCGUGGCAACGAGUUUCUCCAUGCCUAAAUCCAUUUCAGAACCGAAUGUUCUCACAAUUGGCAAAACAAGAUCGCAGUCGAGGCAACAAAUUGCAUCGCUAUCACGACAGAAGAACCAGUUAGUGCAGGAGACUGAAGAUCAAGUUGAACCAGUAGAAAUCAAGAAAGAAAUGUACGGCUCAGUUAGAGCCAUGUCUGUCAGGAGUGUUAGAGUUGAUUCCCGCGAGAAGGAAAUACAACAACCGCGUGAGCAACCGUUAAACCCAUCACGACAGAUAAGUGAAGCGAAGUCUGAGGAAAGAUGUCGGGGUGCAAAUAGCAGUGGUAGCAAUGGUAGCAAAUCCACCAGCUCCUCGAGCAAAUCACGAUCCACUCUCGGACUUAGCCCUCUAAUACAUCCCGACGAAGAUGUCGAGUUAAUGCCAGGGACGACGACGAGUGAGGUUUUGAGUGUUCUCAAAACAUAUCUUGAAUGUUUUGACCCAUCACAGUCAUUAGCAAAGUCAAUGUCAAAUACUUAUCAACUCCAGGAGCUUUCAUCAUUCUAUGAUCCGCAGCCCUAUGUCGUUAAAUGGGUCGAUUAUACGAAUAGAUAUGGCAUCGGGUAUAUUUUGGACGACGGGAGUGUAGGCUGCGUUUUCAGAGCGGAAAAUGGCCAUCCUGCCAGCUGCGUGGUGGUCCGAGAUGGAGAACGACAUAUCCGCCGGAAGGCUCACUCGAAAGCGAACCCCCAAAGCUCAUAUUCCGAUGCCAAUCAACUCGUUCCAAGAAAUGGGAAACCCGUGGAAUUUUACGAGAAUAUCGAACCGCACAAUGGCGGGUACUCUGGAGGAGGAACGAAGAGAGUUCUUGUCCACCCUGAUGCAUUUGAAGUGAGGAAUCAUAAUGGCCCUGGUGGGCCGGGAAUAAAAGUCCGCAUGAAUUUGGGGGUUGACUCUGCCCGAUGCGACGCGGAGAAGGUGAAACGAGUUAAACUCGUUGAUCAGUUUGGCAAAUAUAUGAUUUGCUCUUUGGGAAGGGGGGCGGAUGAAGACUGUCCUGCUGAAGUAGAUAGGAGUCGCAACCGACGGCUUUCUAAAAUUCGUCCGUAUGUCAAGUUCUAUCAACGGUUAGGAAAUGUUGGUAUCUGGGGUUUUGGAGACGGGGCAUUUCAGUUCAAUUUUCCGGAUCAUACUAAACUCGUUAUCUCGCUUCCGGACCGCAAAUCGCAAACCUCGCCAAAGUUUUCCCCUUGCCAGGCCGAUUUCUAUCACCUUUCGCCUUCUGCCGCACGUUACCUCUCUGCUAGGGGCAAAAUGCAUCCCGCAGGUUUUGACACAAGAGCUGUCAUUUCUGAAAAUAUGAACACAUAUCUUGCAGCUCUCUCAGGCGGAACUGCUCAUCCAUCCGGCAUUAGUAGCAGUCGGUUCCGCGACAUACUAGAAGCAAAUUCUUUUCAUGAAAAGAUCAACUUUGUCAAACAGGUUUUGGAGAGCUGGGUGGGGAAUGGGAAGCUCGGUAGUCAAGUGGUUCUCCAGAAACCAAUUUCUACGGCUCGGACUACCAUAUCUGGUAAAUUCAUUCCGAAUGCAUUAAUCUCCAAACAAGACUACCGCGGCGAGGUCUUUUGGGAUGGAGCCCAGGAGAAGUCGUGGAUGACGGCGUCUGGCGGUAAAUUUGUGUGGGUUACUGUUGGCGCCCAGGGUGGCGACGGCGAGUACUUUGCCGUGCAGCUUAAAGGAAAUCCUGAAGACGGAGCUGUGGAGUGCGUUGGAGCUGAGAAGAUGAAGGAUUUGCAAGAGCAAUUAAUGGCGUUAGCUCUGUCCUCGGUCCGAUAG